AUGCAUCAAGCAGAAGCAUUGCCUGGAGAUCAAAAUUCCCAGGUUCGCAGCAUCACACAAAUGUCGGAGAAGAGGAUCUAUGAUAAGCUCGACAUCAGCUUGUUGGAAGAGCUCUUGAAUUCUGCAGAUGCUGGCCGAAGACUAGAAGGAUAUUUGGCAUUAGUCGUGCGACAACUGCAACGCAUUGCGCCGGUGGAGGCUUCUGCGACAAAGUUUCCAGAGUGUUCUCGAGGAGACCCUGGUAAUGCCUGGGUAUGUAGCUGA